GGGCGGGAGGGGGGCAUUAACACCCCCCCCUUUCCCGGGGUGGGGUGGGCAUCAGGACGCCCCCCGCAGUCCUCCAGCCCGGCAGGGGGCGUUGUCUCUCAGAGGGUAUGGGUAGUGGGGACGGGGUGUUGUCGGUCCUCCAGCCCGGCAGGGGGCGCUCUCACGUCAGGGCGUGUCCUGGGGCGGGGCGGCCCAAGAUGGCGCAGACCGUGAGCGUGGGGGAGCUGGGGCUGCCCCAGCUGGAGCUGCUCAAGGGGCAGCUGGACCAGGUCUGGGGAGCCUGAGGGGCUGUGGAGGGUGUGGGGAUCGGGGGGGGGUGUCUGAGGUCCGCCGACGCCGCCCGGGCGUUUUUCCAGCGGAAAAUCGAGUUCCUGACGCGGCAAAUGGAGAAAAUCCAACCGGCCCUGCAGGAGAAACACGCCAUGAAACAGGCCGUUCUGGAGAUGAUGACGCAGAAGCUGCAGCAGCUCACGGCGGCCCCGGGCGGGGCCAAGGCGUGACCCCCCUUCAUCCUCCUCAUCCUCGGGGGGGCUCGAGGGGGUGGCCCCCCAAAUCCCGGCCCCCUCAGCCCCCCCCAAAUCCCCCCUCCCGUUUUGUAGCAGCUUUUGCUGCCAACCCCCAAUAAAGGAGAGACAGAG